AUGAAUAAAGAAAAUUUUCUCUUCUACAUUACAGUGCGUACUGCACUUAAUAUUGAAGCAACAACUAUUGAUGAUGAACUAUACACUGUUUUCGGUGAUGAAGCUCCUUCUUUUCAAACAGUUAUAAGAUGGUCUCAAUGGUUUCGUGAAGGGCAAGAAGAGGUUGAAGACAAAGAGCGGCCUGGUAGACCUCUUACCGAGAUAACUUCUGAAAAUAUUGAACAAGUUCAUAGUAUUAUUAAUGAUGAUCCUUAUGUUACAACAGAAGAAUUGCAAACCGAAACUACUUUGAGUCAUGGCACCGUUCACCAAAUAAUCUCUGAUCAUUUGUAA